AUGCCACCCAAACGCCGACUACGAAAGAAUACGGCCGCGAUAGCCAUACAAGAGAGCGGAUACAUCGGUUCCCCAUCAAUGGAGGAUACAAGGAAUCUUGUCCCACUUGCCUCCGCCCCGGCAAAGCAUCUCCCUCUUGACGCCCACAAUGGCUCCUGUGAAACCGACUCGUUGACCCCAGUCCGCUUCAACUGUCAAGCCUGUGUGCGCAAGAAGAUCAAAUGCAACCGCGCGGUGCCCAAGUGUGCCAACUGCAUCAAGACCAAGCUCGAGUGUGUCUACCAGCCACCGCCGCCACGACGCAAGAGGAAACGUAGCCAGGGCGAGGAAGAUGUACAUGAACGUCUGGCACGUUACGAGCGCAUCUUGCACGACCACAAUCUUCUUCCGACAGCCACCCCCUCGGUUAUCAGCGGAAGAGACUUGGAGGCCUCAGCAAAUAGUAUACAGGGACAGACUCCAGGGACAGCGAACUCGCAGGCUGACGUUGCAGCCAAUAAACUGCUUCCCAAGUAUGGCAAUUCUCGCCACAUUGACGAUGUUCUGCUCCUCGACGCUGGCGAAGGUGACCUGGGUGAGUUGUCCGUGUCCGAGUCCGAGCAACAGAACCAUCAUGAAGAUGAGCCUGGUCCCGACAAAGCCACUCCAACCGGUCUUCUUGGUGCCCUUGCCGCGCAUUCCAUCUUGGAUGCAAGUACGAGAAGCGCGAUAAGCCUCACCGACCUUCACCCUAGCUGUGAGCAUGCGGCUAAGCUCUGGUAUGCCUACGUGGAGAACGUCGAGCCUCUUUGCAAGGUUCUUCAUGUUCCGACUGUCGCCAGGAUAGUCCACACCGUCUCCAAGCACCCAGCGACUGCCUCCAAGAACGAUGAAUGCAUACUGUUUGCCAUUUACCAUUUCGCCGUAUUUUCAAUGUCCGAUGACGAGUGUUCACAUGAACUCCAUGAUUCCAGGGCCCAGCUGAUGCACAAAUAUCGGACCGCAGUCACUCAGGCAUUGGUAAAUGCCUCUUGGCUCAAGACAACCUCGUUGCCGGUUUUACAGGCUUACACUCUCUUCCUUAUCUCCUUGCGCACUCAAAUCGAUUCUCAUACAUUCUGGAUUUUGACUGGGAUUGCAAUUCGCCUGGCCCAGCGCAUAGGAUUGCAUCGGGACGGCGAAAGCGUCGGAUUGCCCCCAUUUGAGGUCCAGAUGCGCCGGCGGCUCUUUUGGCAGCUGCUACCCUUGGACAGCUACGCAGGUCAAACAUCCGGCACGGGUAUAUCCAUCUCACCAGACAGCUGGGAUACUAAGCAACCGCUAAACAUUAACGAUGACCAGAUGUUCCCCGGCAUGAACGAGCCGCCUCAUGAAAAACGAGGCGCAUCAGAGAUGAUCUUUUGCUUGGCUCGGAUGGAGCUGUCAAAUUUCUACACUCGAACCGGGGUCCAGCUGAAGGGGAACGGGGGUACAAUCGAGUUCCGGACCCCCGAGGAGAUCGAGCGACUGAUUGACGAGGUGGAAGACCUCAUCGAGAAGAAGUUCUUGCGGUACUGCGACAUCUUGAACCCCUUACACUUUCUGACCACCGGCGUUAUGCGAUCCGCCAUUAGUGCUGUCCGGUUACGCGCGCGGAUGCCGCUGCUCAAGCAAGAAACUAUAACCGACACACAGCAGAGACACCUCUGCACCCUUGCCGAAAAGGUCCUCGACACCAGAAAUGUCAUGUAUAGUAAUCCCGCGACUCAAAAGUUCCGCUGGCAGAUGCAAGCGUUUUUCGUGUGGGAUUCCCUCCUUUGUAUUCUGAGAAGCAUUGCGAAGGUUGGAUUUUAUUCGCCAUCAGAGCUUGAUGCUGCCUGGAAAAGGGUUUCAGAGGUCUACGCGAAUCACGAAGCACUGCGUCAGGGCCGAAGGACCUUGUAUGCUACGAUUGCUAAGAUCACUUUGAAGGCCUGGUUACUAAACCCGCCUCGUAAUUCAACUCCCGAACCGGAUUUUAUGACCGCGCUGCGCGCUCAACACAAGCCCAAAGAGAUCGACCAGCGGCAUGACAGUACGUUUGCUGCCCAUCAAGCUACAGAUGGGGCUUUUUCUUUCGAUGAGCUUUUCGACGAUAUGAGCAGGGCUGAACCCAAUAUGAACAAUGCCUUCAAUCUCGACCCUUCUGCCGAUUGGCUAUUCUGGGACCAAAUGUGUGGAGAAACCAGCCUUGGUUGAGGACAAGGAGACUCUCACGGCUCCGUUCUCGGUCCUCGCAGACUUUGAAAUAACGUGUCUGUA